UUGAGAAAAAUGGUUACUUCUAAAGCUGCUGUUCUGGCGUUGUUCCUCAUCAUUUCUUGUGCUGAACUCAUAAUGGUGAGUUCACAGUGUCAAGGAAAUUUUCAGGGUCUUGUUCAAGAAUGCUCUCAAUAUGUUCAAAAGGGUGGCCCAAGAAAAAACCCUUCUCAGGGAUGUUGCAACGUUGUCAAAUCUGUUGAUUUGCCUUGUGUUUGCCAACAUAUAACUCAGGAAGUUGAGCAAAUUAUUAGCAUGGAGAAAGCAACCUAUGUUGCAGGGUUCUGCGGAAAACCGAUACCGCAUGGAACGAAAUGUGGCAGUUACACAGUUCCGUGAAGCUGAGUGAUGCCGAGAUGGAGAAACUUUUGGCGCUAAAUAAAUGAAUAUGGUUCCAAUAUCAUCUUUGUAAUAGGGAAAUAUAUAUUUUGAAUGAAAAAAAAUAUAUAUAUUGAAAGAAA